AUGUGCUCGGAAAAGGGUACAACACCCGUUGAUCCUGAGAUCACAGAUCUAGCGCCCAUCACGGAAAAUGAGGAAUCGCCCGAACCCUCUACCGCUACUGUAAAAAGUAAAGUGCACGCCUGUCUCCAAGUUCUCGGUGCUUUCUUUAUAUUCUUCAAUGUCUGGGGGCUAAAUCUUUCAUUUGGAACAUUCCAAAGCUUCUAUGCACUCAACUACAUCUCAUCAUCAACAUCAUCCGACAUCGCUUGGAUUGGAACAGUUCAAUCAUGGCUCCUCAUUGUCGGCGGCCUACUAUCCGGUCCACUCUUUGACCUGGGAUACAACCAGAGCUUGAUCUUCGUUGGCAGCAUACUGGGAGUAAUUGGUAUGAUGAUGCUCAGUCUUGCAGAUCAGUACUACGCCAUAUUCCUAAGCCAGGGAGUCUGCGUGGGCCUCGGAUUCGGACUGCUAUAUGUCCCCGCUAUGGCAUUGGUCAGCCGUUCUUUCACAACAAGAAGGGCUGUCGCGCUGGGUGUUUCGAGUAGUGGUGCGCCUGUCGGGGGAAUUAUCUACACUGUCAUGUUCAACCAGCUUAUACCAAAAUUGGGUUUCCCAUGGACCGUCCGUCUUAUAGCAUUCGUGAUGCUGGCGCUGUUCAUCGCGGCCGCUUUUAUGAUUUUGUGGCCCCAGAGACAUGCAGUGAAGGUUAAACCCACCCAGCGCAGAAGCUUGAUUGAUUUGCGUGCUGUCAAGGAUUUGCCUUUUUGGAGCUUUUCUAUUGGGAACUUUUUUCUUUACCUUGGUUAUAUCACGCCUUUCUAUUACAUUCCAACUUACGCUGAGACAAGACUGGGCACAUCAAGUUCAAUGGCCUCUAAUAUCUUGAUGAUUUCCCAGGCUGCUUCGGUUACCGGCCGUGUUGGCUUAACUUUAUUUGCUCAUUACUUCGGUUCAAUGCUUGCUUGGAUUGUCUGUGGUGUACUUUCGGGCGUUCUAUGUAUUUGCUGGAUCAGCGCAGACAGUGUUGUGCGGUUUAUUCUUUUUGCAGCGUUCUAUGGUGGUAUCUCCGGGGCUUUGAUUCCUCUCCCGCCGAGCGUUUUCAUUCACGUCUGUCCUGAUCCCAAGAGUCUCGGGACUUGGCUUGGAAUGGCACAGAGCUUGAGUAGCUUUGCGUCUCUUCUGGGACCACCAAUAGCAGGUGCACUCGCUUCAAUUGGCUCCCAUGGUAGUGCGGAUUUGAACUACCUUGGCAUUCAGUUGUUUAGUGGGACAGUCAUGUGUUUUGCAAUCCCAGGACGAACGAUUCUCCUUGAGAAACUAUCCCCAAAGCAUGCCGAUGAACUCUUCGCUGUAACCGGUGGACUUGAACCACCCAGAGAAGCUCUCUGGGACUACAUGUUCGAUGGGCCGUAUUCAGACGCCGAAACCUUCAAAACUAGCAUCGCAUCGAAAUCCACUUCAACAGAUCCAUUCUUCUACGCAAUCAUCGACAAGCGCAACUCUCUCCCCACUUUCGGAAAAGCAGUUGGCUAUCUCUCUCUGAUGCGCAUGACUCCGGACCAUCUAGGCAUCGAAAUCGGGAAUGUCAUGUAUUCGGCUGCGCUUCAGCGCACGACUGCCGCGACAGAGGCGAUAUAUCUCCUUGCUCAGCAUUCUUUCCAUGACCUUGGGUAUAGAAGAUUGGAGUGGAAAUGUCAUUCGCUGAAUGAGCCCUCAAGGCGCGCGGCUUUGCGGUUGGGAUUCUCGUUUGAGGGGGUCUUCCGGCAACAUAUGAUUGUUAAGGGGAGAAAUAGAGAUACGGCUUGGUUUUCUAUUUUGAGGGAUGAGUGGGACUCUUCGCUAAAGGCUGCCAUGGAGAAAUGGCUUGAUCCUGGAAAUUUUGGGGAGGAUGGUGCUCAGAUUAGGACACUGCAGGAUUUGAGAGCUGAGUUGAGCUGA